AUGGCCAAGCAACCGACAACACAGACAUUUGAAUUCGUUGCAUUUGAAGAUGCACAUCGAGCCCGUAGCUAUGCUAUGCGGCAGUCAUGGCGCAAGAGGAAGCAGAAGAUCCUUCAACACCAAGAAGAGGAAGAGAAAGUUAAGAAAAGUCUCAACGAGCAAAAAUCAAAGCAGAAGCCAAGACAAAGAGCUUUAGCUGCUAAAGAACUGAUCAAACCUGAGCCGAUGGAUUUAAACGAAGGGGAUUCGACAUCGGCGAUGAAGGAUAUUGAUUCCAUGGAUAUUGACUCGACAGACCUCAACAGCUCAAGCGGAGAGUCAGAUAUACUUAGCCUUAAUGAUCACGCGAUACUCAUUCCCAACGAUUAUGAUCAAUUAAUUGGCAUUUCCGACCAGGAUAUGCAAAUUCUCGACGCCUUUUGGCAAGAUGACCUAUUGAACAAAUAUUACGACGAACUUAUAUCCGAAAAUGCUCCGACAUUGACUAUGGAUCAUAUAUUAUCGCCGCUCGCGUUAGAUCCUUUUGAUACUUUCCCGAUAAGUCUGACGACACGGCACCAUGAGUUACUCCAUCACUGGCUAACAUCGCACGCCGCAAUGAUGUUCGACACCGACACCUCCGCAUCGCUGAAUGUCAAUUUCAACCCCAUGCGGGACGUCUGGUUCCCUCUUGACCUCUCAAAUGCGGCAUCCUUUUAUGGCAUAUUGGCGCAUUCAGCGGCUCAUUUAGCCUAUCUACACGGCCAAAAGGACGCCGUUGAAGUUCUUCGGUACAAAUCCGAGGCGGUCUCGUUGAUCAAUCAGUGGAUGCAGGAUGAGAACAUGGCGUUGAAUGAUGCUACUUUUGCGGCUGUUGUGAGGUUGCUUACUUUUGAGAGAUACUGGGGUACGGAGGCAGUCUGGCGCAUUCAUCGCGAUGGAUUGGAUAGAAUGAUCCAAGCACGCGGAGGAUUAGCGUCGUUGAAACAGAAUUGGCGACUAGGACUGGUGCUGCAAUUGAUAUCAUUAAUGUCGAAACCGUCAUGGUUCUAUCCCUCCAACAACAUAUCCGAGAUAUCAGAUUCAUUCAGCUGUCUCCGCAUCUCACGGCAAAGCACGCCUCUCCUCGAGCCUACCACCACUGCGGGCAUCCGCAUUCACAGCAGCAACUCCGACAAUUCUGAGAUACCAAAACUCCGCUCUCUAUGGCUGAUCUCCUUUGUGCAAGACAUGCGGAGUCUAAUGGCUAAUUCGAGUAAUCUGCAAUCUGUGGGCUUACGACAUUAUCACUCCAUUUACGAGGCUGUCACGAUAUUACGGAGCUCGUUCCUGGAUAGCAUGCGGAAUGGAGACGAUGCGUUAGCGAAUGUUUAUGAACACGAUCGUAUAGCUUGUUUAUUCUAUAUUGGCGUUAUGAUUCAGGAGUGCGUUUCGUCAAAGUAUCAUAACACGAUUGCCACUACCGCUACAACCGAUAUCAACAGCACCAAAUUCAUUUCUCCCUCCAACCUGUCAAUGUGCACCGUCGACAUCGAAGUAGACGAAAAGUCAUACGACCGCCUCGCAACCCUAGACAAGGCAAUGUAUGACCACAAAUCGAUCUGGAUGGCAUCAAUCCCGCAGCUAGAAGGGUUUCUAUUGAAUCAUUUUAUGAAUCAUCUGGGCAAUGUGAACAGAGCAGAGUAUGUUUUGCAUAUGACUGAGGUGUUGACGUCCUUGAGCCGAGAGGCCAGGAAUGGCGUGGAGAGGUGUUUGUUGAAUAUGUUUGGGGGCAGGUUUGGCAAUAUUGGGGCAUCUACUGCUGCUGCUGCUGCUGCUGGGAUUGAUCAGGAAUGGACGGUUGACGAAUUAUUGAUGUCUAUUCAUGGUGGUUGA